AUGUCGUACAACACUUCGCGCCCCAAGCGAGCCGCGGAAGACUACGUGCGGACACGCGACCAAGAGGAGUUUUACGGCCAGCCAACAAAGAAACCACGGUUCGACGUCCGCAAUCCCUCUGCUCUAGCCCCCGAUGCCUUGGAGGAGGACGCAAUCCUUGACGCUGAUGUCAUCGGAAGCCGGGGCCAGCAAGUUCGCCGCGGCGCAGUCAACAUAGACGGCUAUGACUCGGAUUCCGACAAUGACAACUUCAAUGCGCGAGCAGAUGCAAAGACGAAAGAGAAAAACGCAGCAGCCAAAUCCAAAGAGGAAGACGAAAACGACAUGUUCGCUGAUCUAGAAGAGGACUUCAAAGACGGCGACGACUCCGAGGGCGAUGCCGGCAGACGAGGAGACAAGAAGAAAGCCGUGCGUUUCCUGGAUGCAGACGAAAUCGAAGGCCAAGUACAGAACUCAAAGAGCGGUGGCCACGUGUCAGCAGACUUUGGUCUCAAUGGCGACGGCAAGGGGAAAAGUCGGGAAGCGGACGUUGAGGUAGAAAGCAGCAGUGAAGAAGAAGUCGACGACGAGACUCGAGCCGACGCUGGUGAACUUGAUCCUGAGCUUGGAGCGGGGAGCAAGAAAACACAUGCACCUAAAUUGGACGCCUUUAACAUGCGAUCCGAGAUGGAAGAAGGUCGGUUCGACGAGCAACAAAACUAUGUGCGGAAAGCAGCAGAUCCCGAUGCCAAACAUGAUGUUUGGCUAGAAGGGUUUUCCAAAAAGCAGAUGCGGCAAGCAAAGGAGGCAGCCGACAAGCGCGAGGAAGAACGGAGGCAGCGGGCUAUCGAGGAUGACGCAAAGUCCAAGGCAGAUGUGCUAGCCGAACUGAUUCCGCUUUUGGAACGUGGUGAAACGAUAUUGGAAGCUCUCGCACGUCUUGGAAAGUCAAAAGAUCGCAAGCCAAAAUGGCAAAAGAACAAGAACAAGAAGCAGAACAGCGAUUCAUCAGCUGACCACGCUACCUCACAAGAUGAUCCUGCGGAAAAGGCUCGAAAGGAAAAGGUCGAAGCUAUAACUGGCGCUGCUGACAUACUCCUGACUCGGGGUCAACCUGAGGUCUACGACAGUGAAAGAGAAGUGCUGAUGCGACAAUAUCAAAGAGAAACUGGUGAAGCAUGGAUUGAUCCUCCUGAGCCCACCAAUGUCUCUGCUCCUGAUGCUAGCUCUAUGGAAAUGUGGGAAUACAAGUGGACUGAUGCCAGAGACGGCGGAGCCAUCAAUGGCCCGUAUGAUGCUGAUAUCAUGCGGCAAUGGAAUGAUGCUGGCUAUUUUGGUGAGGGUGUUGAAUUUCGUAGAAGGGACGGAGGAGACUGGACUAGAAUAGCCCAGUUCACCUGA